CACGGGUUGGCUUGACAGACGAACCAGUGGUUCCAGGGGCGUGAGGAAUGGAAAAGCGACCGCUGCUGCCGCGGACAGCGCCUUUGGGUAAUUCGUGCCCUGAGAAGGAAGGAUGCAUGCAAAUGAUGCUCUUCACUUGGAUGAAUCCCGUCAUGGAACUCGGCAACAAGCGACCACUCGAAAUGGACGACUUGUUCCAACUCAACCCAGACUUGCGGGCCAACGCUGCCUCCGCGCGUUUCAGGAAAUGUUGGGACAUGGAGCUUCAAAAGACAUCGCCCAGUCUUGCUGCUGCACUCUUUCGUGCGUUUGGAGCGAAAUUCAUGGCUGCUGGCGCCCUCCGAUUCAUUCGCGACACUCUCCAGUUCAUUGGUCCCUUUGUGUUGCAGCGCGUGAUCGCGUUCCUCCUUACGCCGACUGCCCUUGUGUCGGAAGGGCUCGUCUACGUCGGGUUGGUCUUUGUAGGGGGCAUCCUGCAGUCCUUGUGCUUUCGGAACUAUCUGUACCUCGUCUUUGAGACUGGUUUGCUCGUUCGAUCGGCCAUUGUCACGGCUGUGUACCAAAAGAGUCUCGCUCUCUCGGUCGGGGCGAUGACUCGUCACUCGGCUGGCGAAAUCACAAACCUUAUGUCCAUUGAUGCUCAGCGUCUUCAAGACCUCUUGGCGGAUCUGCAUGCGAUCUGGUACGGUCCUUUCCUCAUCGCCACAUCGUGCACGCUGCUGUGCUGCCACGUUGGCACUGCUGCGUUUGCAGGGCUAGCGGUGAUUCUCUUUGUGAUUCCUGUGACGCUGUGCAUCGCUCGUGUCAUGCGCGCUCUGCAGAAGCAGCUCAUGGAAGUGAGGGACAGUCGGGUCAAGGUGUGCUACGAGGUCCUCAGCGGCAUCAAAGUGCUCAAGUUGCAGGCGUGGGAAAUCCACUUUGCGAACCGCGUUGCAAGCUUUCGCGCAGACGAACUGGGGAAGCUGACAUCGUAUCUCAUGGCUCGCACUGCAUCCACGUCGCUCUUCAACGGCGUGCCGUCGUUGGUCACGAUCGCCGCGUUCACCACGUAUGUUUUGCUUGGGAAUUCCAUCGACACAUUGACUGCUCUCACGUCGUUGUCGCUGAUCGCCAUCAUGCGAUACCCGCUCUUCGUUUUGCCAAACGUCAUCAACGCGAUCGUUGAAGCGAACGUGAGUUUUCAACGCCUCAAAGCAUUUCUCUUGGAACCAGAGCAAACUCCGGUCGGAUGCGGGACGCUCCAAACCAUUGGAUUGCUUGUCGACGGCGCCGCCUUCUCAUGGGAGCAGCCGGUGGUACCCAAGCGUCGUGCAUCCGCGAUGGACGAUAUCAUUUCGAAUUUGUCCUUUCGAUUGGAAAACCAAGGAAUUUUCGCUGUCGUUGGGGAGGUCGGCAGUGGCAAGUCGACGCUGUUGUCUGGGUUUUUGGGUGAUGCCACAUGCACGAAAGGCACGGUUGCGGUGCGGGGAUCGGUGGCUUACGUCGCCCAGCAGCCAUUCAUUCAGAAUGCAACCGUUCGCGACAACAUUUGCUUUGGCUUGCCGUACGAGUAUGGUCGGUACAUCGCCGUCGUUCGGGUGUGCUGUCUUGAAGCGGAUCUGCGGAUCUUACCUGGCGGCGACCUCACCGAGAUUGGAGAGAGAGGCAUGAACUUGAGCGGCGGGCAGCGCAUGCGUGUGGCGCUGGCACGGGCUGUGUACCAAGAUGCCGACAUUUACUUACUGGACGACGUCUUGGCUUCAGUCGAUGCUCAUGUUGGCGCCACCAUCUUCCAAGAGUGCAUUCGUGGAAUGCUGGGAGGGAAGUUGGUCCUGAUGGUAACCAAUAAUCUCCAGAUCCUUCCACACUGCGACAACGUGAUGGUUCUAAGCCAAGGCUGCAUCGUCGAGCAUGGAACGUACUCGAACGUUCUCGAGGUCCCGAACGGCACAUUGGCGUCGAUGGUGACGAAGUAUAAAGUGUCGGACGCUCCUCCACCACAAGAAUCGGAUGACGAAGGAGACAGCGACGAGUUUGGAACCACCCCAGGACAUGCCUUGGUUCGGGUGCCUUCCAGCGAGAUAGCGGACAAACCAUCGACGAUCGUGUUAAACGAAGAUCGAUCGACCGGCGACGUUCCAUGGCCGGUAUUUGCCUUUUGGAUUCAAGCUUGCGGCGGCACAUGGGUGGCUGUACGAGUCAUGGUGGUUUUUGCGCUCGCGCAAGCCACCAACGUCGCAGCCACGGUUUGGCUAAGCCACUGGUCCACGGAAGACCAGAGCCUGGACGCUGCAAGCCAUCGCCGAGCCGUGAUGGUGUUUAUUGGGCUUCAUGUGGGAUUUGCAAUCCUCCUCUACCUCCGGGUCCUCGGGCUGUACCUGGCUGCCCUACAAGGUAGCAAAGCGCUUUUUCAAGCCAUGUCCAGCCAAGUGCUUCGUGCACCGAUGUAUUUCUUCGACGCGACGCCGCUUGGCCGCAUCAUGAAUCGAUUGUCGAAAGACAUUUAUGCUGUCGACGAAGACAUUCCGUCCACGUGGGCCAACGUGCUCACGACCGUGUGCAGCGUGGCGGCCACCCUCACCACGAUCGCCGUCGUGACGCCAUGGUUUAUCACGGCGCUCGUGCCGUUGAUGUGGUUCUAUGCCACGUCCCUGCGGUAUUUUGUCAAAACAUCGCGCGAGCUGCAGCGUCUGGACUCGAUAUCCCGGUCGCCCAUCAAUGCCUUGACAGGCGAAACUCUGGACGGCCUUGCAACCAUUCGCGCUUACAAAGUCGAGCCUUCGUUCGUUCAGCGCAACAUGGACUUGCUCGAUUCGAACCAGCGCGCGUGCUUUUUGAACUUUUCAGCCAACUGCUGGCUUGGCCUGCGUCUGGAAGUGUCUGGUGCAUUGGUCGCGUCGUUAGCAACUCUCUUCGUCGUGCUGCAUCACAGCCACACGUCUUCGGCGUUUGCAGGACUUGCAGGCGUGUCCUUGACGUACGCAUUCACCGUCACGCCAGCCCUCAACAUGUCGGUGAGGUACUUGAGUCAGCUCGAGACGCAAAUGGUGAGCGUCGAGCGCGUUCAAGCGUACUCUGUCAUGGCCACCGAGGGUUCUUUGCGGAGCGACGUGCGGCAGUCGCCACCGUGGCCGCAGCAAGGGCGUAUCGAGUUUGAGUGUGUCGACUUGCGCUACCGCGUGGGCAUGCCACGAGUACUACGACAGCUCAGUUUCACGAUCCAAGGUGGCGAGAAGAUUGGAGUUGUCGGGCGCACUGGCGCUGGAAAGUCUAGCCUGGUCGUGGCGCUGAUGCGCCUCGCAGAGAUUCACAGCGGUCGCAUUACGGUGGACGGCAUCGACAUUUCGUCCAUUGGGGUGCACGACCUGCGCGAACAGAUCUCAAUCAUUCCACAAGACCCGGUGCUCUUUUCAGGCACGUUGCGGUCCAACAUCGAUCCGUUCCAACGGUGCGCGGACGAUGCGCUGUGGGUAGCUCUUAAGCGCGUGCAGCUCACUGUGACCUGUCUCGACGACUCGGUGGACGAACGAGGCGCCAACUUUAGCGUCGGUGAACGGCAGCUCAUCUGCAUUGCGCGCGCCCUCUUGAAGCAGUCCAAAAUUAUUGUCAUGGACGAAGCCACGGCGUCCAUCGAUGCCGACACGGACCGGUUGAUUCAGCAAAGUGUCCGUCAAGUCUUUGCUGCUUGCACGUGUAUCACGAUCGCCCAUCGGCUCCACACAGUCAUGGACUCGGACAAAAUUCUCGUCAUGGACCGCGGGUCCGCCGUCGAAUUUGACUCGCCCACGAUGCUGCUCAAGCAAAAGCAGAGUAUAUUUGCCAACCUCGUCGCCGAAUCGAGAAAGAGCCACGAGUAGUAUAAGACCCACGAGAUGGUAGAUGCAAUAGUGUUUAAAUAGGAGCUCGAGACGAGUGCGCACGUUGCUUUCAUCGUCAUCACAACCACUUGCCCGACGACGACGUGGAUGCGCCCGUCUCCGGGUGGAUCCUGUGGUCCUUGAGCAGCUGCCGCAGCCGUUCGUUUUCCUUGGUCAAGAGGUCCACUUGCUCACGGAGCCGUAUCGCUUCCGCUUCAAACGACUUGUUUGCGGCCAGCAUGGAAUCGGAACGUUGCAUGAGGUGCUUUGCGUCCGACUCGGCUUGUUUGGCUCGCGUGAGCGCACAUCCAAAGCUUUCUUCGGACGUGGCAGCUUCGGGCGACGUGAGUGGUGUCGAGUGGCUCGACCGCGGGGACGUAUCGACCCAGUUGGUGUCGUCCAACUUGGGCGGCAAAACCAGUUGCUUUCUGUUUUGCAUCGCCAAUUGCGCUUCCUCUUGCCGCGCUUGACGAGCUGCGGCCUGAGCUUGAGCUUCGGCCAGUGCCGCGGCCUCUGCUGCAGCUCGCUUUGCCACAAACUGUUUGUGGAGUUUGCGGUGGCGGAACGCAACUUGCACCGACACAAUCCGGUGGCGCAUGUUGUGGAGGAAAUUUUGCUCCAACACUCGUCGGCCAAAUGCCUGCAGCGUCACAGCCGCCCGUAGUUUUCGAUCGAGCCGACGCCUGGCCAGGAACCCCAGGACAAUCUUCUGGAUGAUUGUGGCUUGCUCAUAUUCAAAGUCGGACUUGAGAGUUUCGAGCUCCUCGAGGACACCCGCCUUGAAGUACACAAGCGUCUUGCCCAUUUGAUACUCAACCGGCAUGUGGAAGCCCAUCUUGGCCAGGACCUUUGCACACGUAUCUUGGACGUUGGUGGGUUGCACCAUCGACGGUGGAAACAUGAGCGAGUACCGCGUCGCGAGUUCGUGGGCAGAGAGACGGCUGGGGUACCCGGCUCGGGAAAUGCGGAUGGCGUCGAUCACGCCGGCCGACCGCAGCUGCGCCACGACCAUCGGUUUGUCGAAUUCGGUGGGGGACUUGACCGCGUUCGGCUUGAUACAACGGACGUAGUGAACAUGCGUCGCUUCAAUCGUUUCCAUGAGCUUGGACAGGGAUGUUUUGAAUUGCUGCCCGAGUGUUUUGGGAGGCACAGCCUUCCGGCGAGCGCCGAACGAUUUCUCGACGACUUCUUCAUCCUUGGACUUGGUUACUGUCGCACCGCCUUUGCGACGAAGGUUCCAUGCUUGAAUAAUGGGCGGGAUAACUUCGCCUGCAGAAGCACUUGUACCUGAAUUCGACAUCUCUUCGUCUUCGGGGUUCGGAAACAGGUCGACGACGAACGAGACUGAACUCGCUUGAACCAGCGUGAGAAGAUCUGGCAUGAGCGCGUCGCGGUGCUUCUCCAUGAACCCAAUUGUUUCGUACGUGACCGCGCCGGCGUAGUGCUUGAUCGUGAACUGGGUCCGCUUGACCUUGGCAAACGCAAUCACCGGGCUGUCUUUGGCGUUCGUGCGAAACUUAUUCACCAACGCUUCCUCGGUGCCUCGCGGUUGGCGCAGGUGGUCGUUCAUGAGGUUGAUGAUCCCGAGCUUGCCUUCGAUCAGGUUCAGAAUGUCCUGGUUGUCGGCGUACUGAAUGUGGUCCCAUGCGAGCCCUUCCCGGACGUACUCGUCUUGCACAGACGAAAACACGUCCUUGACAAACUUUUGCUGGAGCUUCUCGUUGGCGUAGUUGAUGCAAAAUUGCUCA